AUGUCUGUGCAGGUCCCUGUAACCCAUGAUGUCACAUACCUGUCACCAUGCCCAGGCCUUCCUACCCAAUUAGCAGCCAUCAUGGCAGUCCCCCCACCUGUCAACUGCAUUGCAUAUAUAUCGCCCUUCACGGCGCCUGACAACAGGCUUCCCAUUAAUACAGCUCUUCCCUCGAGCGAAAAACAAAAGCCCACGGUCAUCAAGUUGGUCUACACUAUUACAAAUAAGGCUAGUAUCACGCCAGGAGUUAGCAUGCUUCCUGCUCAAACAGAAAGCUGCUUUGCAUACUGCACAAGAAACAUCCCUGUACAAGGUGCCAGACCAGGUGUCCCUUGUGCGAAAGUUGGCAUUUGGUCCACGUUGUCCUCCAGCUUCAUGGCAUUUUGUGCCCUGCUCUUUUUCGCCUACCUGGUAGACUUGGCUUCCUUCAUUCCAUCCCCGAUGCUAGGUUUUUGCAGUUUGACUUCGUUAUCUUGGUCAAGGCAUGAUGCUGGCGACGACAAUUGUCUUGUGCAUUUUCUGCAAUGCCCUGUGCCGACAAUAACAAUCUUACCAUAUAACAUCUCCUCCUCCACCCCAUCUGCAUGCUCGCACUCCUCCCGGCUGGUCCGAUGCAGCAUGAUGGUCUGGGGUGCUUCUGGUAACUCUGUUAGUGGGAGCGACGGUACUUCUACUACACAAGCAACACAGUAUUUCAGUGCUACCUCUGGCAGUGCACUCUUGCCUUCCCUUGACACUGAUACCAAUAUCCAGUCUUCUGCUAGCUCAGGCAAUACCCAGUUGUCUUUGGUUAAUCUCGAAGCCCACAUCAUUAGUAUAGUGCGGCGCCACUUAGCAGAUUUCCAGGGGCCGAUGGAUGAGAAAUUCUGCGAUGAUAUUGAAUGUGUAACUGCGGAUGCCAUUGGUUUAGCUUUUGGAAUCAUGCAGAGCUUUCUGAAGUUGCUCCCCCACAUAAUGACAACUCCUGCUGAUUCCACCCAGGCCAAGAUGGUGUAUCAGCAGGUCUGGCGUGUCAUAGUGGUAGUGGAGCAAGAAAUGAGCCCCAUGAGCCGUCAGACCUCUUUAGAGAAUAGAAAGGAGCUAUGUAGGGCGCAGUCACCCCAGUCCAGCCAGAUGUCUGCUCAGGAUACACCCAAAUCGCCUCGGCCACAGUUGCCUGAUCAGGAUACACCCAAAUCGCCUCGGUCACCAAAGACAUCAGACUCCUCACUCACCAGCCUCGAGUCUAUUGAGCUUACCACUAAAAUUCGGAAACCACCUGGCGAGGUAGGCCACCCAGGAAGGGGUGGAUACAACCUUGAGGAGCACUUGCGAUGGAGUGACGAUGAGAUGCAUAAACUCAAGGUAUGUAAGACCUGGCAGCGAGUCAUCCACACUGCAGUGAAGAAGUAUCUCGAUACAACGAAAAGCAGGAGCUACCAGGAUUUCAAGGCUGUUCAGAAAGUCACAGGCAUUGUAGGCCAGGCAAUGGUUCCCACGACUCGAGGACUACGAGCACUGUUGGCCUGUUAUCAAUAUGAUCCACCUUUGUCUCAAGUACCUUUCAUCAAGGCACCGGCAAAAGAUAAGAAGAGACUCCUCACCCGAGUGAACUGUCUGACUCGAACUGUAGAGCACGUGAUAACAUUGAAAUUUCCAUGGCACGGUUAUAUCAGCGUAGUCUUUGCGAAGACGAAUUUCAAUAAUAUGAGUGUAGAUGAAGAUAUAAUAAAAUUCAUAUGCCUGAGGAAGCAACAAUAUGACGUGGCAUUCAAUAAAGAUAAGCACAAAGUCCCUAUAACCCAUGAUGUCGCAUACCUGUCACCACACACAGUUGUGUAUCGACCAGUGGCAGUUGUUCUUAUGCUACUCCAUAGUGCCAGCCUGUUGGCGGCCUUGUUCUCAACUCAUCGGAGGAUGAACAGCGCUUGGCAGGGUCUGUGUUUCAUUGCAAAUAUUCCUCUACUGCUUCAUUUGUAUGACUACAUAGUGGCAUAUGUUGCUGUUAUGCCUGCCUCACCCAUCCUGAAGUGGUGCACCUGCGAAGAAUGUGUCAGGGAAAAUGGCAGGGGUGUUCUCAUGGACUCCCAUUAUAGAACUCUUCCGGAACACGUACUUGAAUCAUCAGAAUUAGCCUCUCCUUCAGAUGCCCUAGCUAGCCAUUUAGUGGCUCUUACCAUCACCGAUGAUGGUCCGAACUCCAUGUCCCGUGCUUCUAAAAUGUGGAACUCCUGUGAGGAAUUCCAGCAGAUGGGAGCCACUGCUGACAUCCUGGCUGGUCCGCGAAACCCUAUUUCUAUCACUUCCGGUAUCACCCAAUCUCUCCACCAUCUCAUGAAUACAUCGAGCUUCUCCUGCGCCCCCAUGAGUGCUCAGCCACCAUUAUCGACUGCCAAAGCCAUUCCACAUGAUACCCAUCCUCAGAUCAGGAAUGUUUGUCAGCAAACUAGCAGGGCUAUGAAGGUUUUAUCAAAUAUUGACUCCCGAAUACAAAGAUGUUCCCACCUUCUGCUGGAUGGACAAAGUUUUACUACCAUCAGCAGAGAACUUAGUCUGCUCCACCAGGCAACCAACGACAUAAAGUGCCGUGCCAAUUGCAUAGUUGCGUGCAAGAGAGUGGUCAUCAAAACUAUGGAUGAGCUAGAAUCCAUACUCAAAAGUAGGCCUGUGACACCAUCCCCUGAAGACUUUCAGCCUGUACCUUUUGUGGCCGAUGACCAAUAUUGCUCUCCCAUCAAUCAUAUGGACACUAUCGCACAAGUCACACUGGUCAUUGGUGUCAUCUGCAGUAUAGUAAUGGAUGUCGGUACUCGGGCAGGCAACUUUAUCAUGAACACCCUUUCCCUUCUACUGUUCCCUUGCCUUCAAGGAUACCAGUGGACAGCUUAG